UUUUUGUGUGUGGUAUAUUAAAUUCUAUGUGCUAUUUAUAUGGUCUUUCUUGUUUAUUGAUGAUUUCUUUGUUCUUGUUUUGUGUAUGGGUUGAAGCUGAAGUUCCCAAUUAUAGUUGACACAUGGGAUUGAGAUUGGGGUUAAUCUUUGCUGAUAAAGUUACAGUCUUUGAGCCAAAACAAGUUGAAUCAGUAUGGAAUCACAACUGGGUUUAAUUGAAAAAUCAUUUAAUGUUAAAUACUCAGAUGGGGUUAGAGAAGCUCUUGAUGAAUUGCCUGAUAGUUUUACAAUUACUGAUCCCUCUAUUUCUGGUCACCCUAUUGUUUAUGCAUCAAGGGGUUUCUUGAAAGUAUUUGGUUAUUCCAAGAAUGAGGUUUUAGGGAAGAAUGGAAGGGUAUUUCAAGGGCCUAAGACUGAUAGAAGAUCAGUUAUGGCGAUUCGAGAGGCGAUUCGUGAGGAGAGGGGUAUACAGAUUAGUUUGUUGAAUUAUAGGAAGGAUGGGACACCCUUUUGGAUGUUGUUUAAUAUGUGUCCCGUUUAUAGUGAGAAGGAUGGGAGGGUGGUUCAUUUUUUGGGAAUUCAAGUGCCUAUUUUGAGGAGGAGAAAUUCAUUAGGUGGUGGAAUUGGGAGAAAUGGAGGAGUAUGUUAUGAUGGAGGUAAUUGCAGGGAGUAUGUCUAUAAGUGUUGUAGGAGGGAGGUUUGCUCGAAUUCGACUAUGGAAGUGGAUAGAGCAUUAUCGGUUGAUACAGUUUCAGGGUUGGACCAUACAGAAGUAGAUGUUGAAGGACCUUGUGAAGCAAGUGAUCAAGAAAAGACAAAAGCCAGUGUUGCUGUCAACAACAUAAUGUCCGUGUUGGCAAACUACAGUGAGUUGAAUGGCAGACUGGUCAGUGACAGGAGAUGCUGUCAAUCGGGAACAAGUCUGCUCAGCGCAUCCUUAAAUAUAUCUUUUGGUAGAAUAAAACAAAGCUUUGUAUUAACUGAUGCACACUUACCAGACAUGCCAAUUGUCUAUGCAAGUGAUGCCUUCCUAAAAUUAACAGGCUUCUUGAGACAUGAAGUAUUGGGUCGUAAUUGUCGGUUUUUAAGUGGGGAAGAUACAGACAGAGGCACACAAUUUCAGAUAAAACAAUGCAUCCAAAAUGAACAACCGUAUACUGUAUAUAUCUUAAAUUACAGAAAAGAUGGAACCUCGUUUUGGAAUUUUCUUCACAUCUCACCGAUCCGGAGUGCUUCAGGAAAGGUUGCGUACUUUGUUGGUAUUCAGAUAGAAGAUACUAACGAGGCUCGGGAGAAACAAGGGCUAAAUCCGGAGAUGAGGCAUCGCAGUGUUGUCGCUGCUGUAAAGGUUGCUGUGAGAGGGUGGUCAAUGGGUGCUAGCACCUCCUAGUUCUUGAAGAAAUUUGUGUUUCCUAUUUUUUUUCUUUCUGAUAAACACAUUGGAUUCUGAUGAAAAAAUGUACUCUUAUAUAGCUCAUUGGUACCAGAAAAAAAA